AUGCCUACUGAAGAAGUCCCCGGCCUCCCCAGCACGUCUCCGGCCUCCCAGCACGUCCCGGCCUCCCAGCACGUCUCCGCCCCAGCACGUCUCCGGCCUCCCCUCACCCCAGCCUCCCCAGCACGUCUCCGGCCUCCCAGCACGUCUCCGGCCUCCCCUUCAUCCCCAGCACGUCUCCGGCCUCCCAGCACGUCUCCGGCCUCCCCUUCAUCCCCAGCCUCCCAGCACGUCUCCGGCCUCCCCAGCACGUUCCUGGCCUCCUUCAUCCCAGCCUCCCCAGCACGUCUCCGGCCUCCCCAGCACGUCUCCGGCCUCCCCUUCAUCCCCAGCCUCCCCAGCACGUCUCCGGCCUCCCCAGCACGUCUCCGGCCUCCCAGCACGUCUCCGGCCUCCCCAGCACGUCUCCGGCCCCCACCCCCAGCCUCCCUUCCCAGCUCCCACAAGUCCCGUGCCUCCUGGGGUUCAAAAUACCCCAACGUCGUCACCAUACUAACACCCAAGAUCAUCCGUCACGUCCCACUUCUCCAUCACCUGUGA